AUGUGGUUGUGGGCGACGAGGGGACGGACCCGGGGAAUAUCGGCUCAGGUUUCAGGCGCCAGGACUUUUGCAGGAUUCUUCACAUUUUUCUUUUAGCUUCUACUUUUGUUCCACCACCGAAAACGUCUUGAGAUGUCUCUGAUUCUGACGGUGCUGGACAAGUUGUCGUACUUUCUGUCCCUGAUAGCGUUUUGCGUCAGCGUGUCUCACAGCUGGCUGAAGUGAAAGGCAAGGAAAGGCAAGUUUAUCUGUGCAGCACAGUUCAACACGAGGAGUGACUGGAGACGACCACCACGACCACCACGAUGCUGCAGCGGAGAAUCCCGUUCCUCGCUCUCGCUCUGGUUUUCUGCGUCGCAGCCGCCGAGGACUUUGACUGGACCAAGAACGAGAAAUCAUCUUUUCAUUACGGCACCUUCCCGACCGGCUUCUCGUGGGGCGCCGGCAGCUCGGCCUACCAGACCGAAGGCGCCUGGAACUUGGACGGGAAGGGCAUGAGCAUCUGGGACGCCUUCGCCCACAAGAAGGGCAAGAUCUCGUCCAACGAGACGGGAGACUCGUCCUGCGAGGGAUACUACAAGUUCAAGGACGACAUCAAUCUGAUGAAGGACAUGAAGCUGAAUCAUUACCGCUUCUCCAUCUCCUGGCCCAGGAUCUUACCCAGCGGACUGAGAAGUGAACACAUGAAUGAGAAAGGAAUCAAAUACUACAACGACCUGAUCAGCCUGUUGUUGGACAACAAGAUCACGCCCAUCGUCACGCUGUACCACUGGGAUCUUCCUCAGAUGCUGCAGGACAAAUAUGGCGGCUGGCUCAACGCUAGCAUGAUCAACCACUUCAACGACUUCGCCAACUUGUGCUUCGAGAGAUUUGGAAACAGAGUCAAGUAUUGGAUCACGUUCAACAACCCGUGGUCCAUCGCUGUGGAGGGAUAUGAAACUGGGGAACAUGCUCCUGGACUGAAGCUGAAGGGAACCGGAGCCUACAAAGUGGCCCAUCACAUGAUCAAGGCUCACGCUAAGGUCUGGCACACGUACGACAUGAAGUGGAGAAGCAAACAAAAAGGUCUGGUUGGGAUCUCUCUGACGGCCGACUGGGGAGAACCGGUGGACGUGUCCAACCAGAGAGACAUCGAGGCGGCGCAGAGAUACAUCCAGUUCUACAUGGGCUGGUUCGCCGGGCCGCUGUUCCACGGAGACUAUCCUCAGGUCAUGAAGGAUUACAUCGGCAGGAAGAGCGGCCAGCAGGGCCUCGGGGCCUCCCGGCUGCCCGUGUUCCUGCCCGAGGAGAAGAGCUACGUGAAGGGAACCUGCGACUUCCUGGGCCUGGGCCACUUCACCACCCGCUACGUGACCCAGAGGAACUACCCGUCCGGCCUCGGGGACAACUACUUCACCGACCGGGACCUGGCCGAGCUGGUGGACCCCAAGUGGCCCGACCCCGGGUCCGAGUGGCUCUACUCCGUCCCCUGGGGGUUCCGCCGCUUCCUCAACUUCGUUAAGAGCCAGUACGGGAACCCCAUGAUCUACGUGACGGAGAACGGCGUGUCGGAGAAGAUGCUGUGCACGGACCUGUGUGACGACUGGAGGAUGACGUACUUCAAGGAAUACAUCAACGAGAUGCUGAAAGCGGUGAAGGACGGCGUGAACGUGAAGGGCUACACGGCCUGGUCUCUGCUGGACAGCUUCGAGUGGGACGAGGGCUACACGGAGCGGUUCGGCCUCUACUACGUGGACUUCAGGAACAAGAACAAGCCGCGCUACCCCAAGGCCUCGGUGCAGUACUUCAAACGCAUCAUCAGCUCCAACGGCUUCCCCAACCAGAGAGAGGUGGAGAGCUGGAAGAGGAAGGCCGUGGAGACCUGCUCGUCCAGCAACCAGCUCCUGGCGGCAGAUCCCCUCAUCGGUCACAUGGAGAUGGUGACGGAGAUCGUGGUUCCAACCGUCUGCACUCUCUGCAUCCUGCUGAGCGCCGUGUUCUUCAUGUUCCUGCUGCGGAGACGCCUCUGAGGACCCACGACCCCCCACCCUGGACCUUCAACCCCCCACCCUGGACCCCCCAGCCUGGACCUUCAACCCCAUCCUGGACCCCCUCUGUAGGUCCUCCUCCCCCCCCCCCCCUGAACCUCCACCCCCUCCUACAUCCUGCUGAGCGCCGUGUUCUUCAUGUUCCUGCUGCGGAGACGCCUCUGAGGACCCACGACCCUGGACCUUCAACCCACCCUGAACCCCCACCCUGGACCCCCCCCGGACCGCUGUAGGUCCUCCACCCCCCCAGACCUCUUACCCCCCCAGACCUGCUGUUGUUGAUCUGGUGUCUCAGGUUUUCAAUAAAGAAGGAGUUUGACCUUUGACCUCUGGAGGACUGAGAUUCACCUGCUGCUGGUUUAGCUGCUGAUCAACACCUGGACCAGGAGGUUCUGGACCACCAGAACAUCUGGACCAGAACAUCUGAACCAGCAGAACCUCCUGGUCCAGAUGAUCAGGAGGUUCUGGUGGUCCAGAUGUUCUCCUGGUCCAGAACUUCCUGGUCCAGAUGGUCCAGAUGUUCUGGUCCAGAUGUUCUGGUCCAGAUGUUCUGGUCCAGAUGUUCUGGUCCAGAUGUUCUGGUCCAGAUGUUCUGGUCCAGAUGUUCUGGUCCAGAUGUUCUGGUCCAGGUUUUUCCAGCUUUACUCUAAUAAACUGCUGUUUUUUUGUCAACAAGUGAUGAUGAAAUAGUUCUGAUUUAACAGUUGUACAUUUUGGGGUUUCACUUCAGUUAAAUACACUUUUAAAGAUGAAAUUGUGAGAUGUAAUUUUUAUUGAACAUAAAUAAAGAUCUUAAAGUUAA